AGGACGGGGCCACCGACGAGGACCGGCUGAACCGCAGCUCGCUAGCCCGUUCCAUUAAGAAGAUCACGCUGUCCAAUUGGUACGGGGACGCUGGCACGGGAGAGGCAGGGGGACCUGGGGACCCUGCCCGCGCCGGCGACGAGAGAAACCACAACAACAACAACAGCAGGACAGGGAAAGCUCAGUUCAAGGUCUUCCUCAGGAAGGAUGUGGAUACAGAGGACCAACAGCAGAAGCCCGGGAGUGUUCAGGCCAGUGUUCACUGCUCUCCGAUGGACAGAUGUUCUCCCUUCUAUGCGCUGGCAGGAUCCCCAGUGUCAUCACCCCAGAAAGAGAGCCCUAAGGGCAAGGAGUCUGCUGCAGCACCAAGAUGCAGUGGGCGAAGCAGUGUGGGAGCAGCCCCUCUCCUUGACCUGAGUCCUCUGAUGGCCCACUUCAACCGGGAGAUGCUGCAGGCAGAGAGCUGGGUGCGAGGUAAGCUGUGGGACCUGAAGGAUGGCUGUGACCUCCAGGACUGGGAGGAGGUUGCUCAGACCUUACAGCGGGACAUGAAGGAUUUUGAGAACACACUGAUAAAGCUCAAUCAGAUGGGCGAGCAGCUGAUGUGGAGGGCAAGCCCCAGUGCUGAGGCCGUACGGAGGCAGCUGCUGGCCCUGCAGGACCAGUGGCAGCUCCUGAAGCAGACAGCUGCCAGCCAGAGCAAAGCCCUGGGGGGCCUGCGGAGUCUGCAGGACUUCAACAGGAAAGCCGAGCGGCUGGAGGCGUGGAUCAAGCACAAGGAGGAGAAGCCCUCUCUGGCAGCCCUCCUGCAGGAAAGCCCAGACAAGAUCCAGCUCACCCGCCGCAUCCUUGACUUGAAGCAGGAGGAGCAGCAGUUCCAGAGUCUGCAUAAGGAGCUGAACAGCCUGGCCCAGAAGCUGGAGAAACAAAGCAAAAGUGAGAGCAGAAACAUCUCAGCCCGGCGCAAGCACCUCAACAAAAUGUGGCUGCGGCUGCAGGGGACCCUGAAGGAGCACCACGAGGCUCUGCAACUGGCCUUGGAGGUGGCCUCCUUCCUCCAGCAAGCAGAUAUCCUGCUCGGGGCUAUCCAUGCAAAGCAGAGCAGCAUCUGCAGUACAGGGAAGCCAGGGGAGGGCAAGCCAUGCCAGGAUCGGGAUGUCAGGGACAUAGCCAGCCAGGUGAUGAUGCUGGAUGUGACAGUGUCCCAGCUCCUAAACUUGCAGCCCAGCCUGGCAGCCCAAGUCACCUCAAAGCACCGAGAUGUAAAGGAGAGCUGGGUGCAGCUCCAGCAAGCACUAAGGACAGGGAAGGCUCCAGCACAGGCAAGCAGUUCCCCAGGAGGCAAAGCUGCAGCUCCAAAUGUUGAGCCUCGAGGAGAUGAUGUCAGUCGUGCGGCUGUGGGUAAGGAAGCAGCAGCCAAAUGGACAGGAGGACUCAGUAGCACGGUACCAAAAGAUGUGCUGGAGAAGAUAGCAGAGCACAAGAAAGGAGAGGAGAGCAACCCUGGCUCCCCAGCAGUGGGACAGCCCCCUCAUGGAGGGGACAACAAUAGGAGGAGGAGAGAGGCAGAGGCUGAUUGGGGCAUGCGGCAGCUGGAAACCCAAGUGCAGGAUGUCUGCCAGGUGGUGAAUGUGCAGACUCUGUCCCCAUACAAGGAGAGUGUACGUGUGGGAGUGCCCCCAUGUCCAGUGGUGAGCCUGGAGGCAGCACGGAUGCAGCAGGAGCCCCUGGCCCCCAGCUCCAGUGCCAGGGCUAUGCUCCUGGAGGGGCCAGCACGAGGGAGGCCUCCCAGGAGCCCUCAGGUGGAGGCCAUGCUGCAGGAGCUGGGGGAAUUGUGGGAGGACCUGCAGAAGAAGCACCAGGAGAAUGGUGUAGUGCUGCAAGAAAUCGAUAAGGCACUGAGGCUGGUGGGGGAGCUGGACCAGACUGAGCAGUGGCUGCAAGCCGUGGCUGGGUCGCUCGUGGAACCAGCCACCAUGAGAAGCCCGGCGGAGCUGCGCCAGGACCUGGAAGAAAUGAGCCAGCUGGAGAAGCAGCUCCUGCUGUGUGGCCUCAAACUGCAGGCACUGCGGGAAGAAGCAGCAGGCGAGUCGCCCUCUGAGCAUGAGGGAGCAAGGAAGAUGCAGAGGAAAGUGAGGAUGGUGGAGGAGAAGUUGGCACAGGUGCAGGCAACCCUGCGGCACCGGGCAGCAGAUCUGCAGGACUCCCUUGUGCUGUCUGAAUUCCUGCAGGACCUGCAAGAGGAGGAGGCACAGAGCCAGCAGGGAUCUGCAGUGCCAGGAAGUGGGCACUGCAGUUCGAAGGGGUGUUUUCCCCUGCUCUCAGCCCAGGCUGAGACAUCUCCAAGCAGUGAAGACAUGAGUCGCCCCUUGGGAGAGCUGCAAGAGGCAGUGGAGAUGCUGAAUGACGUGGCAAAAGAGCGGGAGCGGGUCAUGGAGGUGGCAGCGGAGACGGAGAACCUGGAGCGUCUGGUGGCAAAGGUAUCCCCACAGCUGGAGGCACUUCAGUGCAGAGCCGAGGCACUAUCUCAAGACAUUGCCCUAGCAGAGAAUGGCUUCACCACGGUGAAGAGUGAGAAGGACCUGCAAGAGCUGCAGGGCUUGCUAAACUGCCAGCAGGAGAUGGAGCAUGCAGUGUCACAGACCCUGCAAGGGCAGCUGGAGGAGCUGGAGAGGGCGGCUGCCCACUUGCAAGAGCUGUGCCCUGCUCAGCAGUGCCCCAUCAGCCAGGAGCUGCAGGAGACUCUGUGGGCCUGGGCAGGGCUGCGAGAGCUGCUGCGGGAGACUCGGCUCCGUGUGCAGCAGGCCAGCCAGCUCCGGCACUUCUUCAAGGAUUAUCUAGCCAUGAUCUCCUGGACAGAGGACACACGGGCUCAGAUCUUCUCUGAAAGCCCAAGCAGCUCCAGUCUCCCAGAGACUCCAUGUGAGGAACUGGAGAGGAGAAUUGAAGAGAAACUCAAGGAGUUUGAGGCACUAGCAGCAGCAGGGCAGCAGCUGGUGUCUGAGGAGCACUACCUGAGUGCAACAAUAAAGGAGCGCUUGGAAGAGCUGCAGAGCAUGCUGGGCUGGGUGCUGGUGCGCUGGCGAGCACAGAAGCAUCAGCAGGAUCUGGGGAGCAGACAGGAGGACAGGAGGGACCUGGAGAGCCUCUCAAGCACAUCCCCCACUGAUCAAGAGCAGCAUGCCUCACAUGCUUCACCCCACCUGGAAAGCAUCCACAGCCCAGGGAAGUUCAUGCUCUGCUCCCUCCUCAAGCCUGUGCAAAGAUUAGAGCCAAAGUUUCCAGAGAAAACAGCCAUCUCCCCACCCUCAUCACCCCUCUCAGAUGCCCCAUCAGGAGUGGAGCAGAGCCCUGGGGAGUCCAGCAGCGAAACACCCCAUGAUGUGGAACCCCCCAAGGAGGCUGCCACCUCGGAUCCUGCUGAGACCUCCAUGCUGCUGCUGCCACCACGGGUCCCCUGUGGUCUCGGGGGGACAGUCAACCUCAUCCUCAGCAUUGGCAAGAAGGGCGAGAAGAAGGCACAGCCGCUGGCCAGCAGUGAGAGGCCAGGGGAGGAGGCACUGCCAACGCUCCUCACCACUAAACACUCAGGCUGUAAAACCUUUUGGAAGCGUUGCCAGGGGCUUUUAGGAAACACUUGGGGUAGCUUAAAGCGAAAAAGAAAGCCACCUCGCCAGCUGGUGGAAGAGGUAAUGUCCUGGGGAAGGCUGCAUGCUGGGCAUAGUGGCUGCAUGGCGUGAACCUGCCUGCCACCAACCAUCCCUGCCAUGCCAUUGUGCCCUCUUGGCAGUGGUCCGUUGAGAGAGGAAAAACCCUUCUGGUGCUGUGGGGUCCAGCGUGUGGGUUCUGGGAUAUGUGAGGAGGGGGCUCAGGCAGGGCUUGCUGCAGUUUGGCUCCCCAUUCAAGUAGUUUCAGUGACCAUGAGAGGAGGUAUGGCUAGCGAAGAGUCUAUUGCUGGGGGGUGUCAGCAGUUACUUGUGUAGCCAGCUGAAGGGGUACAAGGGUGGUUGGGGCUGUUUGAGGUGCACAUUUUGCAGGGAUGGGGGUCUCACUGCAGACUGCUUGGCUUGUAACCCUGGGGUUGGGAGUCUGGGAAUUUGUUGGGGCUCAGAUCUGUUCAUUGCUCCAAAGCCUGUACAAAAAGGUCUGUGUGUGAGGAGCCCCAAGGACAGCCAGGCUCAGUAGCCCAAGGGAGAGUGCAGGAGGGCAGUGAGGCUGGAGGGCAAUGAGGCAGGGUGAGGGGCUGCUGGGCUGCCAAGAGGGUUUUGGUCAUGGACACCAUCCAGCCUAAUGGAUACAGGGGGACACUGCUCCAGCUCCUGCAGACUCUUGCAGCUGUGGAAACCCAGGAGAGGGUCUGCAAGGAACAGGAGGGGAAGGGUCUGGACUCAAUCCCUACCCUUGCAUUCAUUGCUUUACUGCCUGGAGCAUACAGGGCUGGCGGGCAGGGACAACAGUGACUCAGUAGCCACCCAAAAGUGAUGGCUUGGAGGUCAGCAAUGCCAGGGAAAAGCUGUAUGGCAGAGUCAGCCCCAGCUGUACCACACCUGGGGGACUCCAUCAUGGGCAGAUUCCCUUGUCUGUCUCUACCCUGCCUGCACCAGUGUGGGAGCAGCCCUCAGGGGACUGAGGUGAAGCUCUGUCACUCCCAGCACUGCAUGUGCUCCUGGCGAGCAUUUUUGUCUGCUGGCCCUUGCAGCUCCCUGCUUUCCCAGAUGCAGCAUGGAAAGGGGGUAGUUGUUACAGGAUGAUGGAAGCUCCAGCGAUGGGGAUGACACCUCUCUCCUUC